UAGCUGAAAACUGCACAGCGCAAUCACCAUAUAUCCAGAUACUUGACUUGACUGCUUCACAUCACUGCGGAUUCUCUGUCUCAUAGAAGAAGGAAGAAGACAUCUUUUUUCUCAUACGAGAUUCCCAUUAUUUCCUUCCAUUCAAACUUCAAAGGGUUCAUCUCGGAAGGCGACAAAAGUACUGCAGAAAUUUCCUUACUAGCAAUGGCUGGUGAUGCAUAUAAGGAACAUGUUGCAGGACUAUUGAAAGUCAUCCGAGCUUCGAAAAUUGUCAAAGAGGACAGCAUUCCUUGCCUAAUUGAAGAUGGCCUUUUCUUAGGAUCUCUUGGAGCUGCCAAUAAUAAAACUGCUCUGAAAGCGUUGAACGUCACACACAUAUUGACCGUCGCCCAUUCGCUGAUCCCUUCUCACCCUAACGAUUUUGUUUACAAAAUUAUCCAAGUUCGCGACACAGAAGAUGCCAAACUAUCUCAGUACUUCGACGAGUGUUUUGCAUUUAUAGAUGAAGCUAAGGUGUCAGGAGGUGGUGUACUGGUUCACUGCUUUCUUGGACGAUCAAGAAGUGUUACCGUCGUUGUUGCUUAUCUUAUGUUUAAACACGGUAUGAGCUUAUCUGAAGCUGUGGACCACGUGAGGGUGAAAAGACCAAUGAUGUGUCCCAACCAAGGAUUCAUUUCACAACUCGAGGAGUAUGCGAAAUAUCUUCAAGAUGCAAAAAACAAGGACAGAGCAGCACACGAGCCUGAAAAGUCGGGUAGCUCAGUAUAGUUACAAAGACAUCUCCAAUGGUUACCGAUGUAUAUAUACAGAAGCAUUCUUAUCGCUCCUUGUUGCCUCUGUUUCCGAAGCAGCGGCAAAGUAUAGACAUCAAGGCUCGUUCAUUUCUCUCUUUUUCCACAUGGAUUACGAUGGACCAAACUCAUUCUGUCUGAAGCAGCUCAAACAAGUAGUUGAGCUAAUUCUAAUCUAAUCAUGCCUGUAUUUAGAAUUUUAGCUUCUGUAAUAAUAACUGUUUCGUGCUCUGUUUAUUUCAAAUCAAAGUCACCAACAGAUUAUGCUGUUGUUUUCAUUUUGGGUGCUGAAAUGAAAAUGAUAGAUUGCAUUGUCUAAAGUA